GUGGUUAAAAGUGGUCACAUUCACUGAUAGAGUAGAGAAACUUUAUCUCCUGCUGCAAUUGGGCUCUGCUUGCACUCAAAACCGCAUUGAGCAUGCGUAAACUAUGAGCAUUCAAAAGGUUGCAAGAGUGUUGGAGUGAUAAAAAAGUGUCCUCAGUCAACCUUGACAGCUUAAAGAGACAGCUUCAAGACAGCUUGAGAGGUUAAAGUCGCUUUAAUAAUCGCCCUCUCUGUGGGAGACAGACGUGAUGCUGCAGUGAAUUCUAUGAAGAUUCACAAGGAGUAGGAGAAAGGAAACAAGAAUGGGGUUCCUGGGAGGAGACGUAACUAUUCACAAUAAAACUCAGUACAAAUGGACCGUCUGCAUCGAGUCUAAGGAGCCAUGGCCUAAGUCUGACAUAUAUAUUACAUUCACAGUUGGAGGCUAUGAAAAAAAAGUUCAAAAAUUAUUUGUACCCAUCACCUUUAUCAGAACAAUCUACAUCAAUGUGAAAUAUGGCAAGUGCUCAGAGACAGACUGCUACAAAAAUCCACAUUUGUGGUUCAUGUUUGAUCCAAAAGAUGAUCCAUAUUUCACAAUUCAAGAGAGUGGAGACCAUGAGCAAAUACAUCUGGACUGCAAUAGACAUUAUGAGAAGAAGAGAUCAACAUGCCCAAAUUAUGGGAAAAUUGAAGAUGAUGCACGAGAGGAAGAGGAGCAACGAAGAGAAAAAGAGGAGAAGAGGAGACAGGCCCAGCUUGAACAUGAAAAAAGAAUUGAGGAACAGAUUAGAAGGGAAAGUGAGCUUGCUGCUGAGAAGCUUUCACGAGCCAGAGAGACACUGAAGCAGAAAGAGAGGCUGAGAGGCCAUGAGCUCCAUCACCAAACUUAUAUAAUGCAACAGCCUCUGGAGGCUGAAAUUGAAAUAGAUGAGGUUUCAGAAAUAGAGAAGAAAUUCUCAGAGCUCCUGUGCGAAUAUCAAAUGACUGAUGAGGAAGACUCAGAGGAGACAUUAGAAGACAGGAUGAAAACCCUGCAAAAUGAGUUAAUGGUGGAGUACUGUAAGAAACAUGACCUGACCAGUAGCUGCGUGUUUUCUUUCGACACUGCAGUUAGUUAUGAGACUUUGCCUCUACAUGAUAGACUGACAGUGCUUGAGACAGUACUGCAGUUAGUUUUUGAGGAGGAUGAAAACGAGCACACACAUAAACAUGAUCGGGAUUUCCUCUUGGAUGUGCUCGAACUGUUGCAAGACGAUCAUCCAUCACUCGCGUUUAAUCUUUUACAGAACGUUCUUCAAACUGAUAUGCAACUGUCUACACAGAGUAAAGAAAUUCUGUGUCAGAUUGCAUUCAACAACACAUGGAAACUAGCAGAAAUAACAGAUUUCAUGCGUUAUGUUGUCAGGAAUGACAAAGACCAAGUGCAGGCAAUACUUCACAUUGCACAGACCUACAAGUUGGAGUAUGGGAAUGUCCUCAAAGCUUUAGAUAAAUCUGAUCCCCUCAGAUGGCUGAAAGGGUAUGUAGUCACAGAGAAACACAAAAAUGCUGAUACUAUUAUUAGUGAAAUGCGCAACUCAAACUACCCUGAGAAUGUCUUGACAAUACUAGAGGAUGUUCUGGUAUAUCUGGAAACAGAGCUUACAAAAUACAAAAGAACUGAUCUCCAUAAAAAUGACAUUCAGAGUGUAAAGAAAAUGGUUAAAGAACUGGAUUUUACCAACCCAGACAGACAAGUUCUCAAAAGUGUCCUUGUGCAAAUGUCACUCGCAGUAAAAAUGUGCUCUGCUGUCACUAUUCAAAAGGGUGAAGAGGAAAAAGUCAUUGAAGGAUAUCUUCCCAGAUUAACUCAAAUUGCAUCUGUGGUGGCUUUCCUGCUUCCAAAAUCAAAAACCAACACAGGUUGUCUUCUUGAAAUUGGGACAGGUGAAGGGAAAUCUUGUAUAUUAGCCAUGCUUGCUGUGAUCCAUGCCAUGCGUGGUGUGAAGGUGGACAUUGUGACCAGCUCUCCGGUACUUGCCCGUCGUGAUUUAGAGGAAUGGAGCAAACUUUACAAGAUGUUUGACAUAACGUCAUCUGCUGUUCCUCCAGUGCUGAAUGAUGUCUCAUCUGAAGAACUAGAGGAACUGACUCAGGAAGCAUACAAACAAGAUGUAGUGUAUAGUACUGUUGGAACAUUUGCAGCAGAUACACUGAAACAAGAGUUUGAGAAGAAAACAACUCGAGGAGACAGGAGGUUUGAGAUGGUCCUUGUGGAUGAGGUUGACUACAUGACCUUGGAUAAUGGAGUGCAAAUAACAUUUCUGUCCCAUGAGUCCAGUGGACUCCAACAUUUGGAACAAAUCCUAGCAAGCAUCUGGGCCAUAAUAUCUGCAUGUCGCCCAAUUGAGGUAGAAGAAAAUGGAGAGACCAUGUGGACAACAAGAGUCCAGAGUUUUCACACAGCUGCCCUGAUAGCAAUGAUUGGUUCAGAUAAAAAUGAUAAAUUUUCACCACUGGAAAUUCUGUUGCCAGGCAUUGAAUUAGGCUUUUACUCAGAGGAAGAUUUUAAAAAUUUGAAGGUCUCUUUCAAUGAAGAAGGAGAAAAGGAACAAGGAGACAUUGAAAAUGAGGCAUGGAAGACUAUCAUGGCUAAAACAGGAGUAGAACAACAAUAUGAUCUGCUCAAUGUUCUUGAGAUGGGGAUGGAGGACAAGGUGGCAUUUACCUGUUAUAUUUAUCAGCCAGAAACAAGAAAAAUGACUCAGUUUGGAGAGCAAAAGUUAAAAACUGACCAAAACAUCAACAUGCUGCUACUUGAGAAUGGAAAAGCUUGUGAGAUCCUGUCUGAAAAUUUGCUUAUUGAAGCCACUGUUAGCCAGUUGAAAUCCAAAAUCAAAUACUCUCAACAAAGUAGUUCAGAAGAAGAUAAAGAAUCGCUUGUAAUCCCUUCUUUCUUAGAGAAAUAUUUGGAAAAUCAGCUGCCACUGUUUGUUGAGAAUGCACUGAAGGCCAUUCAGAUGACCAAAGGCAGAGAGUACAUGAUUGAGAGAUCUCUAAAAGCUCAGGGAUUAGAUGUUGAAGAAGACGAUCAACACAUGUACCAUGCAAUAAUCCCAGUGGACUUUCAGGCUAGUGGAAUACUGGAGAAAAGAAAACGGUGGGGUGAUGGACUACAACAAUUUCUGGAGAUGAAGCAUCAACUAACUUUAUCUCCAUUAUCAAAUGUGACAAACUACAUGUCAAAUUCAAAUUUCUUUAAAAGAUAUCUCAUGGGGAAAGGGAUAUUUGGUGUUUCUGGAACACUAGGUGGAGAUGCAGACAAGGGUUUCCUGGCAAGACAUUACAAAACGGACAGCUAUGUCAUACCACCUCAUCAACGUCAGAAGGUUACUGAGCUGCCUGCAGUACAAGUGAGGGGAGGUACUGACCAGUGGAUCCAAACUAUUUGUGCCACAGUCUCAAAAGUCUCUAAACAAGGACAGGUGGUGUUAGUCGUGUGUGAGGACGUCAACACAGCAAAUGUGCUCAAUGACAAAAUUGCAGCAGAAACUAAAUAUUCAGUUACCAUGUACACAAUGAGCGAGUGCCACAACAUUGAGAACCAGGAGUUCGACAAGGGACAGAUCAUUAUUACCACCAACCUUGGAGGACGUGGGACAGACAUUAAGGUCACAGAAGAGGUUAACUGCUGCGGUGGUCUCUUUGUGCUACUCACCUACUUCCCCAAUAACCGAAGAGUCGAGAAACAAGUGUUCGGACGAACAGGUCGAAAAGGCACCCCAGGGAUGGUCCAGGUAAUACUGAACCAUGAUCGUCUGGCCAUGGCCUACCGAGGCCAUUCUAUUGAAGUCAUGAGGGAACUGAGAGAAGAAUAUGAAGUUAAUCGAAUAAAAGAAAUGGAGAAGGAGAAACUAGCUGAAAUUGAAAUGAAGGAAGAGCUGUUCUCUACUUUUUGUCAGUUCCUUAGUGACUUUGACAAGCAUUAUAGUACAAUAGAGAAGAUAGACCUCUUUGAAGUAAAAAUUAAAGAUGUCCAUUGUUACUUUGAAUCUUUUCAUGGUAAGAUGGAUUAUCACCCAGCACUGAAUGCUUUGAAGGAAUCAUGGGGUAUAUGGCUGAUACUUCAUACAGACCAGAUUAACAUACACAGUGACCGUACACACCUGAAAGAAGACUUAAUCCAGAACUUGCAGGACACAAGUAACAAACUUUUACAAGGUCACAGUGAAAACGUUUAUGAUCACAUACAGCAGGCUUUAGGAAGAACUGCCUUGCACCAUCAAAACAAAAAUAAAUGUGACUAUGGAGCGAAAUCUUACUGGAAAAAAGCCUCUGACUCAGACAACUACUACAGAGCUGUUGCACUGUAUAAUCAGGCCUACAUUACCAUUAACUUGGCCAAAGACGGCUACAAAACUGAGGCACGUUCCUUACUCGAGGAGGCAGAGAAAACCUUACAUGUUUACAUGUCUGAAACAACCAGAACAUUGAGCUUCUGUUCUUUGUCUGUUACUCGAGAUUUUGAACCACACCACAGUGGCAGCUGUAACUUACAAAUACAAAUGCAGGCAAGGAUGAACAUAUUUAACUCAUGGAAACAAAAUAUCAAAAAAAUCUGUGAUCUGCUUGUAUUGGAAAAAGAAGAUUUCAAAACUGUGGACUUGAAUAUUUAUAGUUUAUUAAAUGAGGAGGAUUUUGUGUCUUCUACUGAACUUGGCCUCUUUCGUAAUUAUGGCCUUGCAGUUGUAUUUGAGGUAAAACAAAAGCCCAAAUUCUCAUUUGAUGCUCUGAUUUGUUGUUUUCUUGGUGUGCUUCAAGUUGUAGCAGGAGUUCUGGUGUGCACUCUGUCAGCUGGUUCCAUGUCCUCAUUUGGUCUUGGCUUGAUCUCAGAAGGUGUGUCUGAUAUGAUCACUGGAGUCAUGGGUAUGAUAAAUGGCACAUUUGAUUGGGCAUCAUGGGCGAUAUCUAAAGCAAUAAGUAUAGGAAUCUCUUUGGCCUGUGGGGGAUUCAGUGUUCUCAAAAGAUCAUUCUCCUCUGUGAAAAAUGCUGCAAGUAAUAUUCUCAAUGGCACCAAAUCCCUAAAAAGUGUUGCAUGUAAUGCCCUGAAAUCAGGUAAAAACAUGUUUGUUUCCACAGGUAAAUUAGCCAAAUCAAUGGUGUCAUCAGUAAGUGUAAAGAACAUGACAAAGACCAUGGUUAAACUGAAUCUGAAGCAUGCAAGUAAAUAUGCUGUCCAGGAAUUGGCAAUUCAAGGAGUAAACACUGCUUUGAACACAUGCUUCAAUGCUACAGUACAAAAGACAUUCCAACAAGGAUUUCAAAAUACUUUAAAGGAAUCUGUAUGUUCAAUAUUACACCAAAAUAAAGAGUUUGUUCGAACACUCACAGAUUUCAUCAGCUCAGGAAUUCCAAAGGCUGCCUUGCAGAAAGAAUCUGGUUCUUACAGGAUUAGCAAAUCCCUAAAGAAGGAAAUGAUGGACCAUACGGUUUACAAUACAAACCUUGUCAUGAAUGAUCUCAUUGUAAACUGUAAACAGAUACAUCAUGUGAUUAACAUACUCUCACACGUAUGGGACAAAUCAGCAGAGCAUGUUGCACACCGACCUUAUGCCUGCAUCAAGAGUCUUCUGAGUGCUGCAAGCAUGUCCACUACCAUUUAUGAAAUGUACUCCUCCAUUCCUACUAAACAGACCAUUGACUGUAAUUUUGUUCCUGCAUUUUUGAAGUCCAUGCAUGAGGAAGCUUUAUUUGAGACAUAUGACCAUGAUGGAAGGGACACCCUGGAAGAUGUCGAAAGGCUUAAAGAUGAUCUCAUUGUUAAAAUUUCAGAAGUUCUUUCCCAAACAAUGGUGGAGAGUUUUUCUGGGUCUGCCACCUCCUUGUUUACAAAAACAUUUACUCAACGACUAAACUCUGUUACUGGAAAAGUAGUUGGUAAUUUACUGGGGAGGCAUGAAACCCAAAGUUUCUUUGUCAAUCAGCAGCAUAAUUAUGAUAUGAAAUCUGCCACUGAAUGCAAGGAAAGGCCUUUGUCUGAGGAAGAAAUAAAUGAGCUCAUGUGCUACACUAAUACUGUAACUGAUGAACAAAAGCCAGCAACAGCUUUAGAAGUUCUUGUUCUUACAAGAAGUAACUUGCUGGAGGGAAAAGGAAUUUGCUUAAGUGUUGUAGAUAAUAAAGGAAAUCAUCUCGGUGAGGAGACUUACCCAGGAACUGACCCAGCAGCUGGUACUAUCAAACUUGUGCUGACAAAAACACCUCAAACUUCUCCAGAAAAAAGAGGAAUAUGGAGUAAACUGACUCAAUGGGCCAUGGGUAAAGACACACCUGUCAGUGGCCACAUUGAUAUUAUACGACCUGACGGCUCUCGGGAAAUUGUGAACUCCACAAAUCAGAACUGUCUGUUUCAUGCUAUCAUCCAAGCAACAACUAAAGACCCAAAUGAUGUUGUACAACAAAAAGCCAUAGAACUCAGGAGCAAAGUCAGUCAGGAGGUAAGAGAUUAUAACAUAACAAUAUUAUUAGAGAAAUAAUAGUGUACAGUAUAUCUCCCAUUGGUGCAUACUGUAUCCCCUCUGCAUGACUUAGGACAGGGAGCCUCCGGGCUGCAGGUAACUACCCCCUCCCUUGUGGGAGA